AUGCCUUCCCCACGAGCUCACUCAGCGACUGCCAGACCCCCAGCGGAUCGAACUGCUCCGGUUUUUGAGGAGGGGGAAUCCGACAUAUUCGAGUGUGCUCCUGGCUCGUGUCAAUUUGAGGGAGAGUGUGUGAAGAUCGGAGAGACCGUCACCUGCAUCUGUGACUUCAAGUGCGGUGAGGACGUGUCUCCAGUCUGUGGCUCAGACAGUCAGACUUAUCAGAAUGACUGUCUGUUACGUCGGGCGUCUUGUAAACUGCAGACAGAGAUACAGGCCGCUUCACUGGGUCACUGCCCCGCAGAUUCUGGCUCUGGGUCUGGUGAUGAUGAUCGUGAGGUUGAAGCAUCCCCACCAGAAGCCUUGGCUGAAGGGGGUGUAGCCCAGGCAGACCCCUCCUCGUGUGAGAUCUGCCAGUUUGGAGCUGAGUGUGACAUUGAUGACGAAGAUGUGUGGUGUGUGUGUAACAUGGACUGCUCCUACAUCAGUUUUAACCCUGUGUGUGCAUCAGACGGCCGUUCCUAUGACAACCCCUGCCAGGUGAAGGAGGUGUCCUGUCAGAGGCAGGAGAGGAUUGAGGUCAAGCACCUGGGCCGCUGCCAUGACGAGCGUGUGAGGGGGGAUGGGGGGUUCGUACAGAGGGGGGGGCCGCAUCUCCUGCCAGGAAACACACAAGCACUACUGUGUCCACGGGGAGUGUGAAUACCACGGUAAUCUGGCUGUACCCUCCUGCAGCUGUCACCCAGGGUUCAGUGGGCUCCAGUGUGACCAGAGGGACCGCAGCAUGGUGUUUGUGGUUCCUGGGUCUGGUCGUGUCCGCUACAUCCUUAUUGCUUCAGUUAUUGGAGCUCUGCAGAUCACCAUCAUCACUCUGGUUGUGUUGUGUUUCACAAGGAAGUGCCCUCCCAAGGACAGGAAGUCAGCCAAUACGCAGAAUGUGGCAGCCUACAGCACGGACAGCACACUACGCACUGCCACACGUCUCAUCUGACACACACACACACACACACACACACACUUCUCCACUGUUGAUGUUCUGAAUGAUGUUG